GGGUCCGGGUCUACGUGGAAGCUCACUAAGAGGCGACGUGUUCUCUGUUUCCGACAUUAAAAGCUCUGUCAUUAGGCCUUACUUCUCCGUCUCCAUCGCCGCCGGACUCUCUUCUCCUAAAGUAGAAAAAAGAUUGUUUGCUCAUCUCUGCGUCAAAUUGCUCUGCUCUCAAAGAAAAAAAAAAUGAGGACGAUCGUUUCGCGUUUGAUCCGUCACAAAUCCUCUGUUCCCCAGACACGGUUCGUAUCUGCAUCAUCCACUGGCGGGAGGUAUCUCACGACAGACUCCAACAAAAUCGACGAGCCUUUCAAUGUGGAAGAAGCAGAGACUGUUCAUGUCCCUCCACCUCCAACUGAAAAGCUACUUGUCCUUGGUGGAAAUGGCUUUGUGGGAUCACACGUCUGUAAAGAAGCUUUAGAUCGCGGCUUAUCUGUCUCUAGCCUUAGCAGAUCAGGUAGGUCGUCUUUACAAGAGCCAUGGGCUUCCAGAGUUACAUGGCAUCAAGGAAACCUUCUAUCAUCUGAUUUAUUGAAAGAUGCUCUUGAUGGAGUGACUUCUGUGAUCUCUUGUGUUGGUGGUUUUGGUUCAAACUCGUAUAUGUAUAAGAUUAAUGGGACUGCAAACAUCAACGCUAUUAGAGCAGCUUCAGAGAAAGGUGUGAAACGAUUUGUCUAUAUAUCCGCUGCUGAUUUCGGACUAGCUAAGUACUUGUUGAGCGGUUACUAUGAAGGAAAGCGUGCUGCUGAGACUGAGCUGCUCACAAGAUUUGCUUAUGGAGGGAUAAUCUUGAGGCCUGGUUUCAUUUAUGGAACUCGCAGCGUUGGGAACAUGAAGAUCCCAUUGGGAGUCUUUGGUUCACCCAUGGAGAUGGUUCUUCAACAAGCAAAACCGCUGAACCAGCUCCCAUUAGUCGGACCUUUAUUCACACCUCCGGUGAAUGUUGAAUCCGUUGCCAAAGUUGCGGUUAGAGCUGCUACUGAUCCAGUGUUCCCUCCAGGAAUCGUGGAUGUUCAUGGUAUACAACGUUACAGCCAACAGAAAUCAAGAUAAGUCACGUUUUGAGUAUGUUUUGUCUCGCCAUGAACACUAAGGCACAGAGGGUGUUUUUUCUCCCCAUGAACUUCCCACAAAUAAAUAAAGAAAGACAAACCUCUUUUUUUUAUUGAUAACUGUACAAUCUCUAAGAGAGAGCAAAGCUACUUUGUAUAGCUCUCCAAAACUUUUUUCCUAUAUCACAUUUUAUAUACAAACUCUGAAAAUGUCACUGGAGA